AUGAUAGUGCGAAAUGAUGUGGUGAGGAUCGACUCGACACUGGACGUUGACGUGGUUGACGUCACCGAGGAGUCUCAGCACAUCCACUUCAUCAAGCCGCUGAUGCUGAGUGAGGUUCUACUGAUGGAUAACGUCCUGCCGGUGCGAGCAGAGAUCCUUGGGGCCUCAGAGGAUGCACCCAUCUUCCACAGCAAGUGGGUCUCCCAGCUCCAACGAGGCUGCAAGAUUCAGGUCCACGGCAAGGUGUCGUCAUGGAAAAUCCUGGCCUCUUCCCGCAAAGGCAGAAGACGCACUUGCCACUUCCUCAUCUCCAGCAGCUACGAGGGCCGUUUUCGUCGCUGCCCGCGCGAGUUCCAAUCAACCUCAGAACUGGCCAGUGGUCUGGGCCUGGCUAAGAAACUGCACGUGGUGGUCACCAAGGACUACGACGGCAGCGAUACGGAGCUUCCACUGUUUGGCAUAGGGGAUCGGCUGGAAGUGCUCAGCCUCAUGAGGGCGGCCAAUCCCUCUGCCAUGGACGCACUCGAAUGCAUCCGGGACAGUGGAGAUGGAGACGCCGAGCGCAUCAAGGUGCCCCUCUUCUUGGAUGCGGGCUUUGUGGAAGAGGUUCGCGACAGCAGGAAGUACAGCCUCCCAGAGGUGGUGGAGCACUUCCAACUGCCCUGCGAGGUCAAGGUCGUGGCCAACAAGGAUGCUCCCGAUCCUCUCAGCUGUGUCUCGGUGCUGACUCUGGAGGCCCAGAUCACAGAGCCUUUUCUCACAGUUAGUCUGGAGGAAGAGCCGUCUGCCACCUUUGAGGUUCCUCCCCAGUGGCUGGACGUGUCUCUGUUCUUCACUGGAGGCCCAGCGAAGCCCAUGCCUCCCUCCAGCAGUCCCAAGGUAGAAGAGCUGACGGAGGCCUUUUACUAUAGCUUGCUAAAGAUGCUGCCGAACAACGCACCUGCUCCUCCAAGGCCCCCUAAGCGGAGCAAUUCAGAGAAGAACAAGCAGUCCCAAAGGACUUCCAGAGAAGGGGGGAGGAAAACAUCAGAACCCACUAAGCUACCUUCUACAGAUUCAAAGGAUAUGUUCCGAGAGACUGCAAAACUUCUGUACCCCAGGACUCUGCAAGCAAGAGCAGAUUCAGAGACUUUGGUUAACCCAAACCAGUAUAGUAUACAGUAUGGACCUCCAAGACCCCAGAAGCCCACUAAAACUUUCAAACAAGCCAUAGAUGCACAUUCCAGUGAUAACUCCGAUCAUGAUUAUGAGGACAUUUGUGAAAGAUUUCAAGAAACUGCUCGCAAAAUGUGGAUGGCAACCCAAGAGGGCCUUUUCAGUUGUGGCACCAAGACGGUGAAACUCCAUGCCCAGGGAUAUCCGUCCCCUUCUAUCAUGGUCUUUGCCCCCAGCUGA